GAAACUAAAUAAAAAAAUAAAUAAUAGAAUUUUUAAUGUAAUACUUUUAAUUCAUUAAGAGUAUCAGUGUAAUCAACCAUCGUAAGAGUUAACGAGAGAGCUACACAUAGAAAACUGACUUCUAAUUAUAGAGAUACCACUAUUUAUCUUAGGAAAAGUAUAAAACUAUUUACCCCCAAAAUACAAAUCUUAUAGUGUCAGUCUAAAGUAUAAUAGUACAUUAUUUUAUAGAAACACUAUAAAAAUUGUUUUCAAUAGCUAAAUUACCUAUUUCUGUGAUCUGUUCCACAGUUGCAUAAAAGAAUAAGCUACAUGAACAUUGACUGGAAUCGAUUCCGAACAUCGGAAAAAACAAGGGCUUCUAAACAGGCCGUAUGCUUGGGUGGGCCUAACCAUCGUAAAAGGCCCAGGAUCGUAGAAAAUAGAAAACAAAGCCGAAGGUUCAAACUUCAAAGAAGAACGGACACAGAAGAGAAACAUAGAAAAUUUACAAAGUCGCCGUCAAACCUCGGUACGGAGGACGAGAAGGAAGAGCGAAAGAGAUGAACAACGUAGUUCAGGGGCUUAAGAGGAUCCCUCGCAUCAAAUUCCCUCAGCGUCAUGUCAAACCUUCAGAGGGCACAAAGCAGCAGCAGGUGGAGAAUGAAGCUGAUGCGUUUUUCUUCUCCAAUCUCAACACUCCAAAGACUAUAGGCGGGAAGGCGUCUCUGCAGCCUAAGCGCACUCCGGUCUCUAACCAAGAAAUGGAAGCCAUACUCUUGGGAGGCUGCAUCUGAUCAUUACAACAUGAAAUGGUGGACCUCUUCUCUUCUUUGCCAUUCACAGAAUAUACUCAAGAGUCAAGAUUUGGUUUAUUAUAUAGUAGUAAUAAACUCAGCAUGUCAAUGACAUAAUAAAAAAAAAACAACUCCAUUGCAGACUUAGAUGA